AUGAUGCCUCUAGAACAUAAGAUACCUAUGAUACCUGGACUCAAAGAUGCUUAUAAUUUUACACGACGUAAGGUAGGAAGCAGUCUGUGGGAGAUAGAUGGACCAAAAAUGAAGUUCGACCUGAGUGAUCCUUAUUGCCAUGAAAGCGGAUUCUCCUACGAACUCCUGCAUGAUAAGCAUCUACGCGAUUUUUUCUCUAGACCAGCUAAUUUGAAGUGUCUGUUAAAAGCCGGUCUCAUCACAAACGAUAUGGAUGUGAAAUGUUCGCUGCGCGAUUAUAACACUUACAGAAAAUAUCUGAAAAAAGUACAUACUGACCGUGUCAGAAGAGAACUGAAAAGAAGAAAUCGUUUAUUUGUUGAAAGAAGAGCCCUUCGUUUCGCCGAGGACCAAGCACGCAAGGAAGUGAAAAGGUAUAUUUCAUAAUUAUUAUGUAGCAAGAAGAAUAUCAUUUCCUAAUUUCAAAAAUUAAAUUUCUUUAACAGAAAAAAGUAAAUUUCUAUUCUACAUCAAA